AGUGCAAAGUAAUACACAAGUCUACUUGCAAAGACUGAGAAAGAAGGCUUAUUUUGGUAACUGAAGGAAAAGAUAAGCAUGUGGUGUGGGGAGGGCUGUGAGAUUCCAAACCCUGAGAAAUUCGUUGAGGGCUGUGCAAUUCCAAAGCCUGUGAAAUUUCUUAUUCCUAAGUCGGAGAACUUUGUUUGGCAAGAAUGGACAGAAGAGGGAUGUGAAAUUCCUAAGCCUGAGAAAUGCAUUGAGGGCUGUGCAAUUCCAAACCCUGAGAAAUUUGUUGAGGAGGGCUGUGCAAUUCCUAAGCCUGAGAAAUUCCUUACUCCGAAGCCUGAGAAAUUCGUUACACCGAAGUCCGAGGAAUUUGUUUGGGAAGAAUGCACGGUUGGCAGCCAAACAUUUGAGGAAGACAAGCGAUCCGAGCAACUUAAACAUCAAAACAAGGAAAACAAAAAGAGAGAACAUGGGAGGAAAUUGUUCGGCAAGAAGGCUUCGCUGGCAGCCGGACAGUUGAGGCUUACAAUGAAAAAGUCAAGCUAUUCGAGGAAUUCAGGAAGAAAUGAAGGAAUGGGAAAAGAGUCGUCCGAGGUUAUUCGAGGAAUUCAAGGAAGAUGUGAAGGAAUGGCAAAAGGCGUAUUUGAGUUAUGGAUUUGUUCGGCCAAAAUGCACGGUUGGCAGCCAAACAUUUGAGGAAGUCAAGCGAUCCGAGCAACUUAAACAUCAAAACAAGGAAAACAAAAAGAAAACAUGGGAGGAAAUUGUUGGGCAAGAAGGCCCGGCUGGCAGCCAAACAGUUGAGGCUUACAAUGAAAAAGUCAAGCUAUUCGAGGAAUUUGUUUGGGAAGAAUGCACGGUUGGCAGCCAAACAUUUGAGGAAGACAAGCGAUCCAAGCAACUUAAACAUAGAAAACAAAAAGAGAACAUGGGAGGAAAUUGUUCGGCAAGAAGGCUUCGCUGGCAGCCGAACAGUUGAGGCUUACAAUGAAAAAGUCAAGCUAUUCGAGGAAUUCGGACGUCAAUUCGAGGAAGAAAGGAAGGAAUGGGAAAAGACUCGUUCGAGGUUAUUCGAGGAAUUCAAGGAAGAUGUGAAGGAAUGGCAAAAGGCGUAUUUGAGUUGUGGAUUUGUUCGGCCAAAAUGCACGGUUGGCAGCCAAACAUUUGAGGAAGUCAAGCGAUCCGAGCAACUUAAACAUCAAAACAAGGAAAACAAAAAGAAAACAUGGGAGGAAAUUGUUGGGCAAGAAGGCCCGGCUGGCAGCCAAACAGUUGAGGCUUACAAUGAAAAAGUCAAGCUAUUCGAGGAAUUUAGUCAUCAAAACAAGGAAAACUUCAAGAAAUGGGAACAGAGGUAUUCGAGGGAUGGAGUUGAAGUGCCAGAGAAAUUUGCUUGGCAAGAAUGCACGGAGGAGGGCUGUUUCAAUCCUAAGCCUGAGAAAUUUCUUAUUCCGAAGCCUGAGAAAUUCCUUACUCCGAAGCAUGAGGAAUUUGUUUGGCAAGAUUGCACUGUUGGCCGGGCAACGUGUGAGGAUUGCAUUGAAAAAGUCAAGUGCUUGAAUCAUCAAGUGGAGCAACUUGAACAAGAACUUGAAAUCGUGAAUAGAAGGAAAAAGAGGUGUUUGAGGGACGAAGUUGAAGUGCCAGAGAAGUUAUCGAGGUUGGCUGCUGCUGGUGGCAUCAGAAACAUCAUCCCCACUGAGCACAAGCGAGUGAAGUGAGAAGGAUAAAGGAUAGGAUGGGGGUUUGCUGUGAGGUGCUAAGGUUGGUUAAGAUCCAGGCUCAUUCAUUUCCCUUUUCACUGCCAAAGUUUCUUUCAGUAAUAUAUAGCUAAUUGACACCUUUCUUUGUGGAGGUUUUUUUUUUAUUAUUUUUAUUUUUAUUAUUUUGGUGUGCAUUUUAUGUCA